AUAGCAUACAACUGUAAACAAGUCUCGGAUUUAAAGAAAAUAAAAACAAAAUGUUCUUAAAAAUAUUUACAAUACUAAUCACAAUACAAGGUAUGCUGGCACAAAAUUGUCAAUUAAAUGCUACUCAUAUGGAUAGAAAGUGGAUUUAUGCAACGAGACCCACACGAACCACCUGGGAUGUUUUACAUACAGAUUAUAUAAAAGAUCAAACAACAUUACAUUUGAUAUGCAAUACAAUGCUCAAUGGUAGGGAACUGUUUUGUAAUCAUGGUGAAUUCCAGGAAAGAACUAUUUCAAAGUCCAUCAUCAAUUGUGCUGGACGUAUUAAGGCAAAUAUUGUAAUGCUAACAAAUGUGAAUGCAUGUCGUAGCAAGGGUGGUGAAUUAUAUCAAGUGCGUUAUACUCUACCAGAUGGUAGCAUAAUACGGCUUUACGAUGUCUGCUAUAAUAGAUUGAAAGAACAGUCUUUGUAUUCGCGUCACAAAUCAUAUGGUUUUAAUUUGGCUGCCUCAACGUAUGUAAGACCAGCAUUUAGUAGGGGCAAUGUGGUUUCAAGAGAACGUGAACUUUCCUUUCAAGCUGCAAAUAUUUAUAAUGCAUUUGUUCGAUUAUUGGGUGCCCAACAAAAGUAUGUACCGGAUAAUAAAACAUUGAUAUUGGAACGUGGUCAUCUAACUAAUUCUCAAGACUUUCCCACUUACGAUCAAAUGGAUGAAACAUUUAAGUACGUUAAUGUUAUGCCACAAUUUCGUGGCAGUAAUCGUAGUAACUGGAAACGCAUCGAAAACUGGAUUCACAAUUUACCAGCUCCAAACAAAUAUGCUGAAGUUGUUACGGGAUCAUUUGAUAUCCUAAGAUUAUCCCAUUCAGAAAGACCUCAACAAGUUCCAAUGUACCUAAUGGCCAACGAAAAGAAUCCCAUACCAUUGUGGUCUUAUAAAGUAGUUAAAUAUGAUAACAUUUGCUAUGCUUUUGUUACAUUAAACAAUGACUUUAAUACAGAUCCACAGAUCAGUACACCAUAUUGUCGUAGUGUACCAUGUCCAGAUGGUCUGCAGUUCAAUUCGGCACCUAAUAGUGGCGUAUCAUAUUGCUGUAAUUAUAAUCAAUUUGUGCGUAAUAUUGGAAGACAUGCGGCCUUGUGUUGAAAUGUGAUUAACUAAUUUACUUAAAAUAUGUAAAAAUGUGCUACUAAUAUGUGUAAUUUUACCAUGUCGAUUUACUUACAAAACUUUUUUAAAAUUCAAAAGUUAUUAAAGUGUCAUACAAAAAUAAAUUAUUAAUUAUAA